CAGCAACAUGGAGUUCAAUCCAGAGCACGUGGACGUUGGGAACAUGGGAAGGAGGAGCAUAGAAGUAUUCAGGUUCUGCGAAUGCAUGAAGAACCAAGCAGCCAAGGCCAAAGAAACAGCCGUUGAUGGAUGUCAAGAGUUCAUGCCUUCAGGAGACGCUGGGACCAUGGAAGCAUUGAUUUGUGCCGCAUGCAGUUGCCAUCGAAACUUUCACCGACGAGAGCGAGUGGAAAACCUGGCUGAGUUUCAGCCACCCAUGAGGAGACAGUGGGAGUACUGUUGUCAGCACGGCCAUACUGGAUGCCCGUACAUGCCACCGCCUCAACUCCACCAACCGCGUCCUCAACCAUCUGCCAGGAGAGACAAUGUGUCUGACCCUAGCUCCAGCGGUGGCAAGCGAUUCCGAACAAAGUUCACUCAGGAUCAGAAGGAUCGGAUGCUGGCUUUCGCACAGGGGUUAGGGUGGCACAUUAAGAAGGAGAACGAGGCGGAUGUUCAACAGUUCUGCGCAGACAUGGGCAUCAGCAAGAAAGUUUUCAAGGUCUGGAUGCACAACAACAAGCACACUUUGGGUAAAGUGAUCUAGUUAUUCCAAACUCAGAAAAGCAAGGGGUUCUAUGCUUGUUGACAAUGUUUUAUUAUAUGCUUCUGUUUGGAUUUCUGGUAAUGAUCUUAAUGAUCUGAUAACUUUAUAUCAUCAUUGCUCAAACUUAGACUAUAAAGAGCAUGCUUGAUGUUUAAAAUCUAAACGAUUGAGAACUUGAAACAGUUAUCUGAUUCAUGAUUUGGUGUCAAACAUGUCACACACAGUUUCACUCAGUAAAGAGGUAAAGGUUAAUUCAUGAGAGAUGAUG